AUGAAUCCUAUCCGGGCGAAAUAUUUUAAGUGUCACAUACUUGAUGACAAGGAACGANNNNACGACUUCAGUCAACUGGUCGGGGAAGAGUUUGCCAGUCUGUUUGACUUUACCAACCAACGUGUGGACACCGCGUUGCGUACAUUCUUGAACACGUUCUCGCUGACCGGUGAAUCUCAGGAACGAGAACGAAUACUGCUACAUUUUUCGCGUCGUUACUACGCGUGCAAUCCGGACACCUAUUCGACCGAAGGCACCUGGGAAUUCACUGAACCCUAUCUCUGA